UGGGGUAUGUAGAUAUGGGGAGCAGGGACUGGGGCAGACGUGCUUAUAGUACUUAGAAUGCAUGCACGUGAGAAAAGUAUUCGCAAUUCAAUAUCAAUUUCAUUUCAUCGCCAUUUUCAUUGGUAUUACUAUUUUCUAGACAAGCCAUGGAUGUUUUACAAUGGUUGAAGGAAAGUUAUGAUUCGGCGUUGUCUAAAGGAGACGAACGGGUCGAGUCCUGGCUCCUGAUGGAAUCCCCAGGGCCUGUCCUCACUCUAGUGGCACUUUACCUGGCUAUGGUGUACCUUGGCCCCCGGGCAAUGGCCCCAUACCAACCCGUCUCCCUCAAAUUCGCCCUGGUCGGGUACAACCUGGGGUUGGUCUGCCUCUCCGCCUACAUGUUCUACGAGUUCCUAGUGACCAGCGUCCAGUCCGGGUACAGCUUAAGAUGUCAGCCGGUCGACUACUCUCACGAGCCUUUGGCUAAGCGGAUGGCGAAAGUCUGCUGGUGGUAUUUUUUCUCCAAAAUAAUAGAAUUUUUAGACACUGCAUUUUUCAUUCUGAGAAAGAAAAACGACCAAGUAACUUUUCUCCACGUGUACCAUCAUAGCACCAUGCCUAUCAAUUGGUGGCUAGGGGUUAAGUUCGUGGCUGGAGGUCAAGCUUGGUUUCUCGCUACUCUAAACUCUUUCGUCCAUAUUGUGAUGUACUCCUAUUAUGGAUUGUCUGCCCUUGGCCCACACAUGAAGAAAUAUCUUUGGUGGAAGCGCUACCUUACAAUACUUCAGUUGAGCCAGUUUUUUGCCGUGAUUGUCCACACCGGAUACAAUAUGACGAUAGACUGUGCUUUCCCUAAUGGAUUUAACAUCGCCGUGUUUCUAUACGCCAUCAGUCUUGUUUUCUUAUUCUCCAACUUCUUCAAGAACGCCUAUACCAAGUCAAAGGUGGAUUAGACAACAAACUCCGAGAGGGAUGAUCAAAUCAAUUCACAGACGAGUGACCAGUCAUUUUAAACCUGUCUACCGGAAAUCGAAUUCACAUUUAUCAAACUUGGGGCCGGUUAGUUUAUGCGGACAAACCGGUUCAUAAGUUUUUAAAUGUAAUAUUUCAAACCUAUAUCUUGACGGACCUGCACAUGUUAAUACAGGUCUUGGAAGUCUUUGUCAAGGCUCGUCUGAAAACAAUAUAAAAUCACCAGGUCCGUCUUUAUUUCAUAAACGAACAACACCGGUCCAAGUGGUCUAACCGUUUGGACCUCAAAAACGAAAACGGCCCCAGUCACCGGAAAUCGUACUCACUAUCUUGGGCUAUAUUUUAUUGUAGCGACAAUAUGGGCGAGAAGUGACGUCAUCAUUGAAAUACCAUCAUAUCUUACGAAACCACAAGGGAGGUAAUUUAAUCGAUUUAAGUGAUUACAGAAAAUAAUACUAGUUCAUAUAUCGUUUUGAUGAUAUUUUUGAUGCAAUUACUAUCUUUAGAAAUAUAUUACUCAUAUUCUAGGUGUGCAGGUUCGAGAUCGGCUUAUCUCGCCUCGAACGAGAUUUUGUUAGAGAUUAACAACAUUCGACUGACAGCAAUGGAUAUUGAUUAAAGUGGGUAACGGAUUAUGAUUAUGACUAAAACCAAAGAGAACAAGUUUAUUUGUAUUAUUAGUGAUAUUAGAUAAAGUUAUAUUUUGAAAUGACAUAGAACCUGGAUAUAUUGAUACAAAGGAAAAUUAGCCAUAAUUCUAUACCAAGUCACGUUCGUGAUACUUAGAAACCAAAGAUAAAAUCUACAUGGUCAUGACCAAUAAGCCAAAGAGAGUUAUCUAGUCUUAGAAGGGCUCACACAACUUAAUUUGAUUUAAACAUAUUUUAUUUGUAUCAGUAUAUACAAGAGAAUUGGGCACAAGUUUUCAAACUUAUAUGAAGCCCUUUCCCAAUUAUCAUGAUU